ACAAAUGGUUACCUAAAACCGUUUAACUGGGGUGUCUUUUCAUGAGUCACCUUAGUUUAAGGAAGUUAAACUAAGUGUCAAAACAUUGUGUGGGAAGUGUCAAAAUAUUUGUGGUAGUACUUAUUCUUUAGCUAUGAUGUUUCUCAGAUGAAGAUAAAAAAAGUGACCAUGAGCUCACAGAACAGGAAACUAGCGCUACUGAUCGGAAAUUUCAGUGAUAUGAAAAGAACGUGUUAGUGUCAGAGCUGGACGUUACGAAGCAACACUCUGUGCUUGUUUGUGAACUUUUAACAUUAAUAAUGACAAAAGUUUUAGGUUUUAUUUUAGUGAUGAAUGCACUUCUCUGCUGCAGACAUGCUGAAGGCGCAAUUCUGACUAUUGAUCCCAACUGGUCGACUUUUCAUCCUGGAGAGAGCGUGACGUUCAUUUGUGACAUGAAUGAAGGCAAAGACACCGACUGGGAAUAUGAGAUAAAAAAAAAUGGAGAACAAUUUCUUCGCUCCAACCCGUACAAAAGCUUCACAUUACUACCUAUCCAAAUCGAUCACAGUGAUGAAUACCAGUGUUGUGGACUCAGGAAGAGCUCUGGUGAUACCAAGUGCAGUGAUACUGUCUCUUUAACUGUUACUGCUCAACCCAAACCCACACUGACUGCAGGUCCUACAACCAUACCAGUAGGGGGCAGUGUGACACUGAGCUGCUCUCUGCCCUCUGCUGGAUGGAAAUACAAAUGGUACAUAAGGACCAAAAACACACCUGAAGUUCAACUCACUGAUGAAGAAAACAGAGAUAUUAAUGUAGCACAAGCAGGAAUAUACCGAUGUCUGGGAAUGAGAGGAAAUGAAAACUAUCAAAGUCUUGUAAGUGACGAAGUCAGCAUCACAAUAAGCUUUUCCAACAAGGUUGUUGUGACUCGACAACCAAACUGGCCUCAGAUGUUCAGUGGUGAGUCGAUCACUCUGACAUGUGAGGUCCAGGGAGGAGAAACCACUGAUUGGACGUGUGAAUGGAGGAGAGAUGGGAAAACUGUAAAAAUGGGAAAUGAUAAACAUCUGACUGUCAAUGUUAAUGAGUCCAGUAGUGAAGAGUACAUGUGUCAGUGUAGACGCAGAGACGACUGGCAUUCUUGA